UAGUGCGUCGUGACGUCACUGCGUCAAAGAAAUGACGUGGUUAAAAAAAAAAAGUCGGCACCACCGCGACGAAGAGGGCGAGCGUCCCGGACGCAAGCAGGCGUUGAGUCAGCGACCCACGCCCGACAGCUGGCCGGGUCAAAAGAUUGACGUCUGCCAAACAAAUCUUUUUGGGAAUAUUUUUCAUCCCUUUUCGUCAUCAUGACCACCGAGCAGCGGGAGCCUCAGGAGGCGGAGUCUCUCCCGGAAGCGGCCGCUCGCUCCGCCCCCGCGCAGGUCGGCGACGGCGGCGCCCGAGACGUCCCGCCGGUCAGAAGGUCCGUGAGCUUCAGGACCGCGCAGACCAAAGUCACCUUGCUGGACGGAAGCGUCUUCAGCUGCACGCUUGAGAAACGCGCCCGUGGUCUUCAGUUGCUAGACAAAGUCUGCGAGCACAUCAACCUGCUGGAGCGAGACUACUUCGCCUUGUCCUUCAGAGACGCCGACGACAACAAGAACUGGUUGGAUCCUGGGAAGGAGAUAAAGAAACAGCUCAGAGGCGUCCCCUGGAAUUUCUCCUUCAACGUUAAAUUUUACCCCCCUAACCCCACUCAGCUCUCUGAGGACAUCACCAGGUACUUUCUGUGCCUGCAGCUGCGCCAGGACGUGGCCUCGGGCCGACUCCCGUGUUCCUUCGCCACUCACGCCGUCCUGGGAUCCUACACGGUCCAGUCGGAGCUCGGAGACUACGACCCAGACGAAUGCGGCUCCGAUUACGUCGGUGAACUUUGCUUGGCUCCGAACCAAAGCAAGCAAAUGGAGGAGAAGAUCGCCGAGCUUCAUAAAACUCACAGAGGAAUGACGCCCGCCGAAGCCGAGAUGCUUUUCCUGGAAAACGUCAAGAAACUUUCCAUGUACGGGGUGGACCUUCAUCACGCCAGGCUGGUAGGAAGCCGCUUUGCUUGCUUGUCUUCAGGUCUCUCCGAGGACUCGGAGGGCGUGGCUAUCAUGCUGGGCGUCUGCAGUAGCGGCCUGCUGGUUUACAGAGACCGACUGAGGAUCAACAGGUUUUCCUGGCCCAAGAUCCUGAAGAUCUCUUACAAAAGAAACAACUUCUACAUCAAGGUCCGACCCGAAGAGUUUGAGCAGUUCGAAUCCACCAUCGCGUUUAAGCUCCUCAACCACAGAGCGGCCAAGAGAUUGUGGAAAGUUUGCGUGGAGCAUCACUCCUUCUUCAGACUGGUCUCCCCGGAAGAACCUCCCAAGCGUUUUCUCAAUCUGGGCUCCAAGUUCCGCUACAGCGGCCGCACUCAAAUCCAGAGCCGCAGAGCCAGCGCUCAGAUUUCCAGACCUGCGCCCAAUUUCCCGAGAUGCAUCAGCAAGAGGAACUUGCUAAGCCGUAGUCUGGACGGAGCUCCGAGCGACACGCCCACUUCCUCUCUGAAUGGCUCUCCCGCCAUCUCUGGAAGCCCUCAAACAGACAUGGGCUCGGGUCUGUACGUGGUGUCCAAAGCCAUGACCGUCAGCGACCUCAUCGCCACGGUGACGCCGGAACGGACGAGGGAGGGGCGGUCCGACGGAGGAACCGAUCGGGAGAGCGCGUUUGCAAUAAUUGAAGAGCUGCACGACGGUCUGAAGGCGGAGCCAGAGCCGCUACGAAAGGUGGAACGAGAGGCGGAGGUGGAGCUGGAGAGGGAGGCGGAGCAGCAGCAGCAGCUGGAGAGAGAGGCGGAGCAAGAGACAGAGAGAGAGGCAGAGCAAGAGACGGAGAGGGAGGCGGAGCAAGAGGCAGAGUUAAGCAAAGUAACGGAAGCGUCAGAAAGUCCGUUGACUCCCGAGCAACUUGACAGCAAACUUCAAAAUACAGAGCUGACAGAAACGGCGGAUGGAGACCUGACAGCCACUGAGUCGGAGCAGGAAGACGACGCCUUGGCCGGCGAGCAGCGAGCGACGUCGCGUCCGGCCGAUGUGGAGAAGCCGGCGAGCGCCAUCGGCGACCUACGGCGCUCCUUCUUGGAGGGCGGCGGCCCGACCGGUGGGCCCACCGAGUGGGAAAAGCGUCUGGCGGCCUCGCCCGUCCGCCGACUGGACGACUCGCCGAUGAUCGAACCGUUGGAAGCGGACCAGCGGAGGCCUCUGUCAGACGAAAUGUCUCCCCAGCUGAACGCUUUGCUGAAGUCGGCCAGAGAACAACAAAGUUUCCGAGAGGAGACGCUCCUGAAGACUUCAGAGAGGUUGCGGACCAUCACGCUGGUGCCCGGGGAGGAGGAGUUUAUGUUCCAGGUAGCCCCAGGAGCUUUUAUGGGACCGCCUCCGCGGCAACCCCCGCCGCCUCCGCCGGGGGCGUCGCUCAUUCGUGCCGAUGAAGCCGCGGAGGCCGUGGUCAGGGAUGUUAUUAAGGACGCUAGCCGUCAAUUUAAGUUCGAUGAUGACGACGAGUUGAGUAGCCAGGCUAGCGACGAUGACGAUAGCGAGACUAGCCAAGAUGCUAUCAGCGUGUUAGCGCAGGCGGUCGCGGAAGACGCCUUGGAGACCGGAUUCCGAGAAAGUCGGGGACCGGUAGAUGUCGACGGGGACGGCUUUAACGCUAGCUUUCCCGGCGAGCGUGACCCGACCGAGGCCGACGUCGGCACCGGGUCCCGUUCCGUACCGGGAGCUCGGCCGGCUUCGGGCGACGCGGAUGACUCCGAGGAAUCCGAUGACGACGGAGGCUGCGGGGUUAACUUCCCUUCCCCUGCUAGAGCCCUGCCCUCCGGGCGAGAUCCCCUCGGCGCAAGCGAUAAAUCGCAGUCUCGCAACCUGGACGACCAGGAGGAGGAUGGGGAACCUCUGGAAGAGGUGGUUCCCACGGCGAGGAAGACUUUGAUGUUCGAAGCUCUGGGGAGACGAGUGGACAUAGAUCGUCCCGUGGGACUGCUGCUGACUUCGCAAUGCUUCGCCACAGAGACGUCCGGAGGCUCUCAAAUGAGCAAGAUGGUGAAUCGAGGACUUUUGGAAACCAGGAUCGAGAAAAGGAUCGUGAUUACCGGAGACACCGAGAUGGACCCGGAGCAGGAAGCCUGAAGAGCCGAACGUCACGUGAACAGAGCCUACGCGAGCCGCCGGCGCCGCCGCCGCAAUAUUUACUCACUUUUUAUUUUGACGGACUGAUUGCCAAUUCCUGAUACAGCAUGACUACCAGCAGAGCGUAGCGGCUAAUACUCGAUUGUAUUGCAAAGCAUAUAAUAAGGGCUGAAAUGCUAAGAAAAAAAAACGCAGUUUGUUGACGCGGGGUCACAAUAGUUCCCGUUUGCACACCGGCCCGGCAAACUUUCAACAAAUGCUUACGUCUACAUUUGCGAUGUUAGCAUGCUAAUCUUGCUAGUUAAAAACACAGGUGCUGUAUAGUCCAAAUAUUUCUUUACACUUUUGCUCUUCUGGCAAUUUCAAUACUCUCAGAAGUCAUUUUUUUCUUGUGCUCCGCCUCAUUAUUGUGACGCUCACCCAUGUACGUUACUAUAUUUAUUGUUCUUCAAACGACACCUGCCGCGACACCGCGUCCGAGACUGGCGUAAUAAAAUGAUGAUGUCGUCCUUCCGCGUUGGUAUUUUUCUUCAUCCCUCCGUCUGGGUCAAAUGGGAGUCACCGCGGGAUGGUCGCUGGCUGAGAACGGGCUUCCCCGGAUAAUCAAAAUCUGACCAUUAGAGCAGUUUUGCAUCAGCUGAGAUCAGAAAUGUUGGGCUAAAACUGCCAGUACUACACUCUGAAAUCUCAAUGGCAACUCACUAAAUUUGGAGCACAGCAAAAAUGUUCAGGUCUUUCUUUAUUAGAAGAAAAAAGUUGAAGCUUCGCUAGACGGCAGGACACGAGUUAGGCGUGACCCCCGAUGAAAAGUGGGCUCGGCUCAUGUCGAGAUGGCUGUCGAGGUGAGACUUGACCAGAUGGACGUUCCUCAGGCAACCUCUGAAGGCCGUGUUAAUCGACAGGCAAUUCUGUUUGAUUCCGUCUGCGGGAAACCGAAGUAAGCGUUGAAGAUCUUUCUCGACGCAGAAACGUUUUCGCGCCGGCCUCACCUGGGUAGCCGCCCACGUACACGGGGUUAUUGGUCUCGGCCGAGGUGGAUUGCGGGUAGGGAUUUGGAAUGGAGCUGAACCUCCCGUCCACGCUCAGAGUAAGGGUGUGCUUGGUCUUUCGUGCCAGCAGGCGGUGCCAGCGUCCGUCGCACAGCGCCGGACCGCCGGAAGCCAUUCGAACUCUUCCUGCCCCGUUAUUCACGUUAAACACCACCUGUACAUGGUGGCAAAUUCAUAUUGUCUUAUUGAUAUCAGCCUAUCUAGAAAAAAAGUCCAUAUUUGGGCCCACCUUUAACUGCAAUGAAUCAGUUUCAUUUUCUCUUACCUGUCCUCGGAUCAUCUCCAGUCCAAUGGCAUCCACUUUGGCACUGCUGAUGCCGAGGAAGACGCCUUGCGAUUGGCCGGUGCGAAACUCCAGCGACACGGACAGGUCGGAGCCCACCUUGUAACCGUCCCGCACUGAGCACACCCGAAAGGCGCGAUUCAUUUCUCUGGGGCCGGCGGUGGCGCUUCAUGUCUUUGACUCACUCAGUACAGCGUAUCCGCUGCCGUUGAAAUAACUCCCCGCCUCGUCCCUCCUGAAACAGGACGCCACGUCGUGUCGCGAGUCCGGUCGCGAGAGAUCCAGCAUCGCCCCGUUCAGACUCACGGAGUGAACGCAACCCGGGAAACUCGCCGUCACCUGAGACGUUCGGACGAUCCGUCGUAGCGUUAUGGUAGCGCCGGCCGGGCGAGUCUUACAUUUAUUCUCCGGCCCUCGUGCGCACGCGGCAGUCCGCCCAAGUACAGUCGGCCGUCGACGUCCAGUUGGUUCCCUCUGACCGUCGCCACGUCCGGAGCCGAGGCGUCCACGGAGACUGAGACGGAGCGCCGCCCGACGUCCGCGCUCACCUGGAACGAGCGCGGCUCCGUCACUUCCGCCUUUUCGGAGCGCUUUCGGCUCCGCUUACCGUGUGCCAUUUUCCGUCGUCGACGGCGACCGAGGAGGCGGCG